AAGUAAUUGGGCAUGUUGGGUCUGAUUUACAGGUUGUGCAGAAGAAGAAGUAUGGUCCCAUUUGGAAGUCGAAACUCGGACCCAUCUCAGUCAUCAACGUGGCAAGCGCUGACCUGAUUGAGGCAAUUCUCCGUCAGGAGGGCAGGUACCCCACCCGAGCCUACAUGCCCCACUGGCGGGAGUACAGGGAGUUGAGAGGCCACGCGUACGGACCCCUCUGCGAGUACGGCCAAGAAUGGUUUCACAUCCGCAGUAUGCUGAACCCCAAGAUGUUGAAGCCUAAGGAGGUUUCCAAUUACUCCCCAGCGAUCAGUGAGGUGGUGACGGAUUUUGUGAAGAAGAUCCGGUGGGUGAGGGAGACCCACGGUGGGGGACUGAUGGUGAACGAUAUCUCCAAAGAACUCUACCAGUUUGCAUUUGAAGGAAUCUGCACCAUCCUCUUUGAAACCAGGAUGGGAUGUCUGGAAGAGAAGAUUCCCGAGGAGACGCAGAAAUUCAUCGAGGCCGUCUUCGAGAUGUUCAGUUCCUCGGCCCUUGUGAUCUUUUUUCCGAAAGCGCUGUGGCCAUACGUCUCCCACUGGAAGAAGUUUGUGGCUGCCUGGGACUACAUCUUUUACAUCACCGAGAAGCUGGUGAACAAGAAGAUGAAAGAGAUCCAAGAGAACCUGGAGAAUGGGAAGGAGGUGCAUGGAGAGUAUCUCACGUAUCUACUAACCAACACCACAAUGACUCCCAUGGACAUCUACGGCAGUCUGUCCGAGCUGCUGUUGGCUGCAGUGGACACAACGUCAAAUACAACUUCUUGGGCCCUGUACAAUCUGGCCAAAGAGCCGUCUAUUCAGCAGCAGCUGUAUGAAGAAGUGAGCGGCGUUUGCCCAGGAGACCAGCUCCCAGCUGCAAAGGACUUUGGCCACAUGCCCCUUUUGAAAGCUGUGGUCAGGGAGACUCUACGGAUGUAUCCUGUGGUGCCAGGCAAUGCCCGCGUCAUAGUGGACAAGGAUAUUGUGGCUGGAGGAUAUUUCAUCCCGAAAAAUACCCUCUUCCACCUGUGCCACUACGCCGCGUGCCAGGAAGCCUUCGCCGACCCAGAGCGCUUCCGGCCGGAGCGAUGGCUCCGCGACAGAGGGGGCGAGGAGAGGCCGCACCCCUUCGCCUCCAUCCCCUUCGGGUUCGGCACCCGCACCUGCCUGGGCAAGCGGGUGGCGGAGCUGGAGAUGUACAGUGUGAUCUCACGGCUGAUCAAGAACUUUGAGGUCCGACCCGACCCAGAGGGGAAAGUGGUGACGGCCAAGACCAGGACUCUGCUCUUCCCCGGGAGUUCCAUCAACCUGCAGUUCAUCGACAGGGUGUGAAUGAGUUCAGACCCACCCUCCUCCCCGCCCUUCACCACCUCCCCCCCCCUCUCCCCACACACACACACAUCAUCCGUCUUAGCAACUCCCGUAGUGCCAAACUGUAGUCUGACUGUUGCAGUGGUACAGUGGUAGUGUGCCAACACUAACACUAUCCUACACGCACUAACACUAUCCUACACACACACACACACACACACUAGAGACAUACUACAACUUUUACCAAGCCAAUUAGCCUACAAACAUGCACGUCUUUGGAUUGUGGGAGGAAACCGGAGCACCCGGAGAAAACCCACGCAGGUAAUGGGGAGAACGUGCAAACUCCAUACAGACAGCACCCUUCGUCAGGAUCGAACCCGGGUCUCUGGCGCUGUAACGCAGCAAAUCUACCGCUGCGCCGCCGUGUUUGGUAGCUCUCUCAUUGUGACCAUGGACGUAAGUUAAGGGCCUGUCCCACGAGCGUGCGACCUGCAUGAGGGCCGGCAGGCCGUUGCCGCGCGGAAUUUUUGAACACGGUCAGUUCUUCGGAGCCCCGCGCGAUGUCGGGACCAGCUCCGCACAACUCCGGCGAUCGAAGUGGGACCGGCCCCGUGAGGCCGUACGGCUCAAGCGACCACGUUAGGUCGCGCUCGCCGCAUGGAGUCGCAUGCUGGUGGGACAGGCCCUUAAGUAAGUUUAUUGGCCAAGUAUUCACAUACAAGG